AUGGCAUCCCAUCUCGACAGCCCUUUUGAUCUUGAGCGAUGUGGUCCAGCAGUCGAUCUGGCAUUGGAGGAAGUGAAUGAGUUCCUGAAAGUUCACAACGUACAGCUGCGCAAAGUCCAAGCAAGUUAUCCGACCUGCAGCGGAGCGAGAGCACCCGGUUUAGCAGCAGACAUGCAUUUCCGGGACAACGUGAUCGCAUUUGUUGGACCGGCCUGCGCUUUCGCCCUGGAACCUGUGGCACGUCUCGCCGCCUACUGGAAUAGUCCAAUCAUCACCGGCAUGGGUGAUCAAGGAAUUUUCAAAGACAAAAGCAAGUAUCCCACUUUAACGAGGAUGUCGUACUGCCAGUGUCGAUUGCGGCUAGUUUUCGCCAGCGUUUUCAAGGAGUUCGGUUGGUCCCACGUCGCGCUUAUACUGGACAGGUCGGACUUGUUCUCGCUGACGGUAGGAAAGAAUCUGGAGUAUGGUCUGCGUAAAGACGGACUCCUAAAAUUUGUGAGGGAGUUAGACGGAAACUCCGAGGACGAAUCGUACCACCUUUACCUGCGCGACGCGAGUAUGUACGCUAGAAUUGUGAUACUCAGCGUGCGCGGAAUGCUCGUCAGAAGAUUUAUGCUGGCUGCCCACGAAUUAGGCAUGACAAGAGGGGAUUGGGCUUUCUUCGACGUCGAGAUAUUUCACGGUUCGUACUGGGGCGAUCACGACUGGGAGGUCGGAGACGACGACGAUGCCAAUGCCAGGAAGGCUUACGAGGCUUUGCUGAGAGUGUCUCUCCUUCAACCCACUAGCCCACGAUUUCAAGAUUUCGCUGACAGCGUCAAAUAUCGUGCGCAAAUCAAUUACAAUUAUUCAUUUUCAGAGGGCGAAGAAGUGAAUUUCUUCGUUGGAGCAUUUUACGACGGUGUUUACUUGUUAGGGAUUGCGCUGAACGAAACUCUAGGCGAAGGCGGCGAUAUCAGGGACGGUAUAUCUAUAACAAGGAGAAUGUGGGAUCGAGACUUCAUGGGUAUUACAGGUCAUGUCAGGAUAGAUGACAAUGGGGAUCGUGACGCGGACUACAGCAUUCUUGAUCUAGAUCCCAUUACCGGAAGGUUCGAAGUAGUGGCUCAUUAUUUAGGAUUAAAUCGAGAAUACAGCCCUAUGACUGGCAAGAAGAUCCACUGGCCGGGAGGAAGAGAAGGACCUCCGCUAAAUAUUCCAGAGUGCGGUUUCCUAGGAAACGAUCCGGACUGCACGUCAAGAAGAGAAGCUUAUACGUUUGUAGCUUACACGGGCAUAGCGCUCGCUGUGUUUCUACUCGCUGCGAUUACAGCCGCGUGUCUAUUAUACAGACCCGAAGAAUUGCUUCUAGAAGUUGGAAAGCAAUUCUCAUCGAAGAUAAAUUUACACCAAGCGAUAUCCGACGCAAACAAUUACGGAUUAGAACAGAGGAUACGUCGCGGUUCGCAGAUUAGUUGUGAAUCGUUGCCGCCUACGACAGUUUUUACCACUAUUGGGAUAUACAAGGGCGAGAGAGUAGCUAUCAAGAAGAUCACGAAGAAGAAAGUAGUCGACGUGACAAAGAAAUUGCUCUGGGAAAUCAAACAGGUCAGGGACGUCACGUCGGAAAACACCGUGAGAUUUAUCGGGGCUUGUCUCUGUUCGCCAUCACCGACUGUCUUAAUUCUUACCGAAUAUUGUCCUCGAGGAUCGUUGAAGGAUGUUCUGGAAAACGAGGCGAUUAAGUUGGACUGGAAUUUUCGAAUGUCUCUGAUCCACGAUAUCGUCAAGGGUAUGUCUUAUCUUCAUACCAGCGAGGUUUCCGCCCACGGAAAAUUACGAUCGUGUAAUUGCCUAAUCGACGGUCGCUUCGUAUUAAAAAUUUCGGAUUUCGGCCUCAAAACUCUCACCACACCUUCCGAUUUGAUUAUGGACGAAAGUUAUUACAUCAAAUUACUUUGGAUCGCUCCGGAACUUUUGCCGUUAACGAUAACACCCGGAAGCGCCGCGACGCAGAAAGGCGAUGUUUACAGCUUCGCGAUUAUCCUGGAGGAGAUAGUGGUCCGCGGUGGCCCAUACGAGAUAGCCAGGACCUUUAUGACGGCGCAAGAGAUCGUGAAUAGAGUAUCAGCGUCGGAGAAUCCUCCCUUGAGACCGGAAGUUGCACCAAAGGACUGUCCGCCAGAUAUACUCUCACUGAUGGAGAAGUGUUGGCACGAAGUUCCUGACGAACGACCUAGCUUCCACACCAUUCGCGGCACAAUACGAGGAAUCAUGAAAGGAUAUUGCGAGAAUUUAAUGGACGAUUUGUUACGGCGAAUGGAGCAAUAUGCCAACAAUUUGGAGGCGCUCGUCGAGGAGAAGACCGAGCAAUUGAGCUUGGAGAAGCGUCGCAGCGAGGAAUUGCUGUACCAAGUGCUCCCGAGACAAGUCGCCGGUCAGUUGAUGGCUGGGGAGAUGGUGCAGCCGGAGCAAUUCGAGUGCGUCACUAUCUACUUCAGCGAUAUCGUCGGUUUCACAGUAUUAUGCGCGCAGAGCACACCUAUGGAGGUCGUGGAUUUCCUGAAUGAUUUGUACAGUACCUUCGACAGUAUUAUUGGAUUCUACGAUGUUUACAAGGUGGAGACAAUAGGAGACGCGUAUAUGGUGGCGUCUGGUCUUCCAGAGAGAAACGGCGACGAACACGCGAGAGAGAUUGGACUGAUGGCUUUAGCGAUAUUGGACGCCGUCAGAUCGUUCACCAUAAUGCACAAACAGAAUACUCAAUUGAGCGUACGGAUCGGGGUGCAUAGCGGUCCAGUUUGCGCUGGAGUGGUGGGUCAGAAGAUGCCGCAUUAUUGCCUAUUCGGCGACACCGUAAACACGGCAUCUCGAAUGGAAUCCUCCGGUCUUCCUUUGAGAAUACACGUCUCCAAAGCGACGAAGACUAUCUUGGACAAGUUCGGGACAUUCGAUCUUGAGCUCAGAGGAGAGGUGGAGUUGAAGGGCAAGGGUAGGGUGACAUCUUAUUGGUUGAUCGGUUGUUCGGAACCUGAUUCCAGAUUGACCGUGCCGAAAUAUCGUAGACUCAGUAGCAGCCAACCCGAGAACAAUCUCAAUCCAUUAAUCUUUCCACCAAACAAUACAAACGGCUCAAAAACAAGCAACAACACCUUCAUUAACUUGGCGGAAUUAUCAUAAUUAAUAUUUAGCUUUUUAGGGUAGAAAGAUAAAAAGGCUGCAAUUAUAGAGGAAAAGUUUCUUAUGUGCCACAAACGUCACUUAAGAUAUAAAACAUGUGCGCAAAAUUAGAAACUCACAAAAGUAAGAAAAAAAAAUUA